AUGAAACAUUUCACUGACGAAGACUUCACGACGGCGCUGAAAACUAGCCAGCGAGGACUUUCUUCUCUACGAGAAGAACAUUGUGCUAUUUUCAAAAGUCUGGAUACAAAUAAUAAAAUUGCCGUCAAUAGUGAUAUAUCACUUCCAAUGGAAAAAUUUAGACAAGCGAGCGAAAAUAUGGAUAAACUAAUUAAUGGUGAAGACGAGGCGUCUCUAAUGCUCAUCGUUUCUCAAUUGAUGCGAUACGGUGACGAUCAACACUCAAAGAGUCAAGAUUAUCAACGAAGAUUGAAGCAAGAGAAUGCUUGUCUCGUCGAGGAACUCACCAAUACACACAGAAAACUACAAGAAUCGGAGAAAUUUGUUGGACGGUUGCAAGAAGAAGUAAAUCAUUUCAGAUUCAUGGCAUCUAUAAGAGAGUACGAGUGUGAUGAUCAAAAUCAAGAAGUGACCGAGACGAAUUCACAGAUUCCCAUAAUGGAUACUCUCCAAGAACUCGGGCUCGAUAACGAAGAAGACAUUGAAGAUAUUGAUUCCUAUCGCGAGCACAAGCACGACGCUCAAUCGAAUUCUUCCACAACGCCACAAGCGGCUUCAAAUAGAAUCGAAAUGUUGAGUGGGAUGGUCCUGCAGUACAUGAAACAGGGUCGUUACGAAAUAGCUGGUCCAUUGGGCAAACAGGCACUGGAAGAUUUGAUUUCUGAACGAGGGCCUGAUCAUCUUGAUGUUGCAACGAUGCUCAAUGUUCUUGCAAUGGUGUAUCGUGAUCAGGAGAAGUACAAGGAAGCUACCAACUUCCUGACACGAGCACUUCAAAUUCGAGAGAAGCAUUACGGAGAGAACCAUCCAUAUGUCGCAGCCACUCUCAACAAUCUCGCUAUUAUAAUAGGAAGACGUGGGAGACUUGAUGAAGCUCAGACUCUUUGCAAACGAUCUCUCAAAAUCCGCGAAGCUGUUUACGGGAAAGACAGUCCUGACGUUGCAAAGCAACUGAACAAUUUGGGACUUCUUUGUCAAAAUCUAGGAAAAUACGAGGAAGCAGAAGAUUAUUACAAAAAGGCGUUGAAAAUCUAUGAAAUGAAACUUGACGCCAAUCAUUCUGAAACGGUCAAAACGAGAAAUCACCUAUCGUCAUUGUACAUGAAGCAAAGAAACUACAAGGAAGCCGAGGGUUUUUACAAACAAGUUCUCGCGAAAGUAUAUGAUGGAGAACCUGGAAAUAACAAUAAUAACCAGAAAAGACCAAUAUGGCAAAUAGCUGAGGAACGGGAAGAGAAAAAGCAAAAAGGAGAAAUUGAGGAAGAAUAUGAAUCUGGUACAUUCGCUAAUCUUGAUAGCCCGACUGUUCAAUCAACACUCAAAAAUUUGGGAGAAUUGUACCGUAAGCAAGGCAAAUACGAAGCUGCCUGUACCUUGGAAGAUGUGGCUUUAAGAGCGAAGAAGCAGACAGAAGUGUUAAGUCUUCACAGCAAUUCGACAACGAAUUCUUCGAACAACGAGUCUCGCGAUCGUAUGACUUCCAGUAUUUCGCCUAUCGGGAUAGGGUCCAAACUUCUCAAUGUUUUUGGAUUUAAAUUCUGA